AUGGCUGAGGCUCAAGAUCCUUUCCCUUUCCCGUCUAAUCUUCAUGUUACCAGUUCAGUUACAAUUAAGCUUAAUGAUUCCAAUUAUCUACUCUGGAAAACCCAAUUCGAAUCUCUUCUCCGUAGCCAGAAGCUUCUUGGCUUUGUUACCGGUCAAACUCCACCUCCGCCGGCCACUGUUCUCAUCACAGUCAACAAUGAGCAAGUCCACCAACCUAAUCCGGUUUUUGAAGCUUGGCAAUGUACUGAUCAACUUAUUCUCUCAUGGCUGUUUGGUAUUCUAACAGAGGAAGUCUUAGGUUAUGUUCAUGUUUUAUCAACCUCUCACGAGGUCUGGAUGGCUCUUGCUGACAAUUUUAAUCUGUUUUUAGAGAGUUUGAUUUGCGUAGACGUCUACAUCAACUCUCUAUUAAAGCCAGUUGAUGAGUCGAUGAAGAUUUUUACCUUUCUGAACGGUUUGGGUCGUGAGUAUGAUCCGAUCUCCACUGUCAUCCAGAGUUCUAUGUCUCGUUUCCCACCACCGACGUUCAAUGAUGUCGUCUCUGAUGUCUCUGGUUUUGAUCACCGGCUUCAAUCUUAUGAUGUUUCAACGGACGUGUCGCCGCAUAUGGCUUUUCAAACACAACGCUUUGGACCUUCUCAACGAGGUCGUGGUGGUUCUUACUCUCGGUUUGGAAACAGUCGUGGUCGUGGUAGUGAUUUUUCAACCCGUGGUCGAGGUUUCACGCAGCAGGUCAAUCAAUCUGGAACACAAUCUAAUGAACUACCUGUGUGUCAGAUUUGUGGUCGAAAAGGACAUGUUGCACUUAGAUGUUGGAACCGCUUUGAUGUCUCCUAUCAGAGUCAAGAUGUACCACAAGCUCUAGCUGCUAUCCAUACGUCUGAUAAUUCAGGAAGAGAAUGGUUUCCUGAUUCUGGUGCCUCUGCUCAUAUUACUUCAACAACAACUCAACUCAAAGAUGCAGAGCCUUAUUCUGGUUCUGAAACAGUAAUGGUUGCACAUGGUGCAUAUCUUCCCAUUACUCAUGUUGGUUCCACUGUCCUUAACACUACCACAGGUAGUAUACCUCUCAAUGACGUUCUUGUGUGUCCUACAAUGCAAAAGUCUUUAUUGUCUGUCUCCAAAUUAUGUGAAGAUUAUCCUUGUGGGGUUUUCUUUGAUGCUAAUAUUGUGUAUGUUAUCGAUUUACAAUCUCAGAAGGUGGUGACAAAAGGACCACGUCGUGAUGGUCUUUAUGUGUUGGAGAGUCCGGAGUUUGUAGCUUUUUACUCAAAUCGGCAGUGUGCAGCUAGUGAUAUGGUGUGGCACAGACGUCUUGGACAUGCAAACUUUCAGAUUCUUCAACUUCUCCAAGGAAGCAAGGCGAUCUCAGUUAAUAAAAGUAUGACUGUUUCUGUUUGUGAACAUUGUCAAAUGGGAAAGAGUACUCAACUUCCUUUCUCAUCAUCAGAACCGAGUGUUUUGGAACCCCAUGCUCGUAUCCACUGUGAUCUUUGGGGUCCAUCUCCAGUUGUCUCGGUUCAAGGUUUUAAAUAUUAUGUGGUUUUUGUGGAUAAUUACUCACGGUAUUCAUGGCUGUUUCCUCUUAAAAUGAAGUCUGAUUUUGUGGAUGUGUUUAUUGCCUUUCAAAAACAAGUUGAAAACCAGUUUGGAAAAAAAAUAAAGACAUUUCAGAGUGAUGGUGGAGGAGAGUUUGUUAAUACUCGGUUUCGAAAUCAUCUUCAACAGCAUGGCAUCACACAUCUCUUAUCAUGCCCGGCCACUCCUCAGCAGAAUGGGAUUUCUGAAAGGAAACAUCGUCAUCUAACGGAGCUGAGUCUUUCUAUGUUAUACACAAGCAAGACCCCUUUGAAGUUCUGGGUGGAAGCGUAUUACUCUGCGAAUUACAUCAGUAAUUUGCUUCCCUCUCCUUCUUUGAAUAACAAAAGUCCACAUGAGCUUAUUUUUAACAAAGUCCCUUCUUAUAUCUCCGGGUUUUUGGAUCGGCAUGUUAUCCCUGCCUUCGAUCUUAUGGUCAACACAAAUUUGAGCCCCGGUCACUUCAAUGUGUUUUCCUGGGAUAUCAUCCUCAAUAUAAAGGAUAUCGAUGUUUAUAUCCUCCCACAGGUCGUGUUUAUAUUAGCCGCCAUGUGA